AUGCAAUUCUUCAGCCUUGUCCUCCUUGCCACCUCCGCUCUGGCCAUCCCUACCAAGCUCCCUACCCGAGCUGCUGCACCAACAUGUAUGGAGAAGGGCACCAAGGUCUCCAGCUGGAACCUCUCAGACUUCGUCUACAAGGUCCAGUACAGCUCUGAGAAGCGCACGAACACUGCCACAGUCGCCUUCGACCUCCACAACGCUGCCCUCGACUACUCAGCCAGCUGCUCCGGCAAGGUCGUCGCCAAGAACGCAGACAAGCUCAACAAGAAGGACCUCUUUGACGGCAAGACAGACUACAACUGCAAGGUUCCCAACGGCGCCGACUCUGCCUCUUUCAAGUACAACCACAAGAAGGGAGUCAUCGCUAUCUCCCAGCACUGGGCCUGCGUGCAGGAGGGUGGUUGGUUCGAGGCCACUGGCAACAAGACCUCUGGUGCUAGCUUGUCUGACUGCAAGACUACAAGCAACAAGGGCGCUGAGUACGAGACUUGCACCAAAGCCUCUAUCAAGGUCCCCGUUCUCGAGAUGCGUGCUGUGCUGUAA